AGUGACUACACUGGUGACCACAAGAAAAUCAGGUGAUAGGAUGCUACUCGCCUCAAUGGUAGGCCAAGAUCCGGCCACGAGCCCCAAGAUGGACAGCAUCAGCGAGGUCCCGGGUGACCUAUCGGGUGAACCAGCACCCUCCAAAGCCAGCACCAAGAAGGACACCAAUGGUGCGAACACUGCUGCUGCCGGGUCCGUUCCUCCUCCGAAGACUGACAAGCCACGUCCACACGGUUGUACCACUUGCGGUCGCUCUUUUGCGCGACUGGAGCAUCUCAAGCGCCAUGAGCGGUCGCACACCAAAGAGAAGCCCUUCGAGUGCCCCGAAUGCGCUCGCUGCUUUGCUCGUCGCGAUCUGCUUCUGAGACACCAGCAGAAGCUGCAUAUGACAACCACCCCAUCGUCACGUCCACGGAAUGCGCGCAGGGAGAGCACUGGCACAGCGGGGACGGGAACGACGAACCGAGUUCGCAAGAACUCCAUCGUUAGCAAUCCCAGCACGAUGCGUCCUCGUGCCAAUACCAUCAGUCAUAUUGACGGUGCUUCACUGGGUUUGGUCGGUGCAACCAACCCGCCGACCGCUGGCUCCGGUCACCCGGCCCAUGCUUAUCACCCGAGCAUUGGUUCUGCUUCGGUGGGAUCCAACAUGGAUUUCCGUGGGUUCUCCGCAGGAGGACAUCAUCCCCCGGUGAACGGACUAACCAAGCUGGACACGUCGGGCUUGCCGAUUGACCUGUCUGGGGGUCUGCGGACGGCUCCCGUCUAUGGAACCUUUGACCUUAGCGUCCCAGACCUGGCUAUGAGCUAUAAUACCACCAUCAACCCCGCCCAGCUCCACUUUGGCGGCUCACCACAAGCGUAUGGCCACGACUCACCCUCAUCGCCCUACACGCAUGCGGUCCACCAUAUGCCGCCCACGGAUCCCAUGAUGGAGGAUGAUUUCCACUUCGAUUGGAUGAACGGCUACGACCCGUCGAUGCAGAUGCGAAAGAGCAACGAUUCCGCCAUCGACGAGUCAUCCCCGUCGGCCAUGAGCACCGGAAGUCAGAGCGGUAUCAGCGAGGCCAUGAUGGACGGAUCGAACCGCUACUCCAUCUCGUCCGCGAGCUGGCACAAUCCAUUCCCGCCCCACACAACCGCCGCUUCUGCGAACCAGUACUCUCUUGACUACCCUACUAGUUUUAACGAUCUAGGGAUUCCUCCAGAGACCGUUUCUCCUAAGUCCUUGCUGGCGCAGAACCCGUUUGCCGAGACGUAUGCCACCCCUCCGUCCAUGACUUCAGUGGGCCAGCCCAUCAUGGGAGGACACUCGCAGAGUAUGUUCCCAUCCUCUAUGGCAACCAACGGAGAAUCUCCUAAUCCUCUCAACUUGCCUUUCGCGAAUAGUGCCCUACGAUCUCACCAUGCCCCAAGCUCCUCGGAUACCUUUACAGACUCCACCCGACAGGCUUUAUUAGCCAGCAUGGCCCAUCCGACCGGUCUGAUUCAUCGCAAAUAUUCUCAACCUGCCAGCAGCAUGGUACAAUACCGUGAUCUCUUCUCUCGCCCUUCUAGCCUCAGCAGCUCCGGCCAGCUGCCCAGCACCUUGGACAUGCAGCGCUAUAUCUCCGCCUACAUUACCUACUUCCAUCCGCACAUGCCAUUCCUCCACAUUCCCACGCUUGAUUUCCAGGCUCCCGAAUACACCAAUAACCUCCGAACUCCGAGUGGACAUUUGAACCUGUGCUCGACCGGUGUCGCUGGCGGUGGCGGCUCGUUGAUCCUGUCUAUGGCCGCUAUUGGUGCACUUUACGAGUUUGACACCGCUACAUCGAAAGACCUCUUUGAGGCUGCCAAGAAAAUGAUUCAAAUCUACCUUGAGGAACGUCGUAAGGUAGACAUGUCAGCAGCAUUCGGGCGAGCCAGCCAUGCGCGCGAUAGUUCUGUGCAAAAUACUCCGCUAUGGCUAGUUCAAGCGAUGCUGUUGAAUGUCAUCUACGGCCAUACGUGUGGCGACAAGAUCUCGGCUGACAUUGCAAGCACACAUUGUGCAGCACUCGUCAGCCUUGCUCGGGCGGCUGAGCUCACCCACCAUGUGGAUGCCAAGGAUCUUCCACAGGACCGUCGGUCAGCCGGUCUCAGUAACCCGAAUCGCGCCGAGACUGAGACCCAGAACCAGUCAUUUUCCGGGCAGCCGAAAGAGAAAAAAGAUUGGCUCGACUGGAAGAUAGAGGAGGAACGCAAGCGUACUCUCUAUGCGAUAUUCUGUUUGUCCUGCUUCCUAGUUUCCGCCUAUAAUCACGCCCCCGCUCUCACCAACUCUGAAAUCCGGCUCAACUUGCCUUGUGAGGAGGAUUUGUGGGCUGCGGAAUCUCCACAGGCGUGGAAGAAACUAGGCGGCCACUCGUCGACCAAGGGCGCCACUUCCUUUCCUUCUGCCUUGACAAACCUGUUGACUGCCAGUCAACGCGAGCGGCAAUCGACGCCAUCGAAUCAAGCACAGUCGCCCGGUGAUGAGGCUUCUCAAAGCUCCUCUGAAUCUACUCUGCAGCCUAGUACAUUUGGCUGUCUCGUCCUCAUCUAUGCGCUGCAUAAUUACAUCUGGGAGACUCGCCAACGGCAUUUAGGCCGGCAAUGGACAUCUCGCGAAACGGAAGCUAUGCAGGCGCAUAUUGAGCCUGCCUUACGUGCCUGGCAGACUGCUUGGGCCAGCAACCCAGUCCACAGUCUGGAACGUCCGAAUCCUUUCGGUGCCGGGCCUUUGUCAGCCGACAGCAUCCCACUGCUGGAUCUUGCCUAUGUAAGGCUGUUUGUCAACCUCGGACGAUGCAAGGAGGCAUUCUGGCAACGCGACUGGAAUGCCAUGUCUGAUGAGCUUGCGCGCGGAAUUGAGCUGGUUCAUCCUUUGGACGAUGUCCCGUCCGAGGUCCUGGAUCCUUCGAUCACGGAAGCGUCUGCUCAAUUUGACCACCGUCGCGAUUCGAUCGCCGAUCUGGGCGUUGCAGACCUUGCCAUCUCGAGCACUCCGACACAGGAGCAGCCUAUGCAAACCUUAAUGGGAGUGUAUAGACCAGGCCAGUCGAAACGGGAGAGGCAUUUGCGCAGAGCCGCUUUUUAUGCAGCAGACUCGAUUAGCAUGUCUGACCAACUGGGAAACACCUUUGCAGAAUUCACCUGUCGGGAACUACCCAUUCAAUGCGCAAUGUGCACUUUUGACUGCGCCCAGGUCAUCGCGGAGUGGAUUACGACGGUCCAGGAACGUGUCGGGCCGUACCUUGGUGUUCUUGGCCGUGACGAAGUCGAUCUGGUCCAGGCUGCCAAUCUCAUGUUGCUGGAAGAUGAAGAUUGCAAACUCAUUGAGAAGAUCAGAGAGAUUUUGGGGGACAUCGAAAACAAGAUGCAGAGAGAGGUGCAAAGCAGCGUCACCACAUCGGCUCUCAGCGUUCUUCAGCGCCUGCCCAGUGUUGUGGAGGGCGGCUACGGCUGCAAGAUUCUGGUUGCUACAGCCAGUCUUCUGGACCGGGCUGCUGUCUGGCCGAUGAUUAAGAUUAUGGCUCGAUCCCUUGAAGCGCAAGCUCUGCGGCUGAAGGAGCGAGCGGACAACUCAACUCUUGGCAGUAACUAG